AUGAUUGUUUUCAUUGCGGCACUAAAUCACUUUUACCAAUUACUUCUUUCAUUCAUAAACCAAAACCCUUUUGCACGUUUUGCCCUUUCUACUGCUCAGCGGUUGCGUGAUCGUGGGGAACAACCAGAGCUCUCCGAGGUUACAAAACCUAGUUUUCUUCCACCACCAGCUAGCUCCAACGCCACCGUCUGCCGUUUGCAACUUCGCCUUCCCACGGGGCCUCCGUUGAAAGCGGAGUUCGGUGCAUCGGAACCGCUGAGUGCAGUCAUUCUUUACAUCAGUCAACGAUGGCCCGACUCUCCAUCCGGCGUCGAUCCGGCUUCCGUUUGUGUGUUCACCACGUUUCCCAAGAAGGAUUACACGGAGGCUGAUUUGCAAACUCCGUUGUGCGAAUUAGGCCUCUGUCCGUCGGCUGUGCUAAUGGCGCGAAGAAGCCUUUGA